UUGGUGUUGGUACCACACAGGCAUAGUAGUGCUAAAGGAUUAGUUUUAGAAAUUCAAGUUGUACCAGGGUCCGAAACUUCAAUUAAUAUUUUCAGGCAAAUGUGCGCUUCAGUCAACAGAAAUAAACCCAGGGUGGGAUCGAGGAAUUCGUCGAGGAGGUCGAGUAUUUCGAGUACUCGUUCGGUGAGAUCGACUCGUGGUGAGGAGUUGGGGAAAUUACUAAACGAACGUACGAGACACUCCCAAAUCGCAGCCUUCAAUAAAGAUAAUCCACCCAAACACAUGAAUCUACGGGAGAAUAUGAACCUUCAAAUGAAUCUACCCAAGGAAAUUAAUGUACCCAAACAAAUGAAUCUACCCAAAGAAUUGAAUGUACGAGAAAAUGUACGUGAGAAUGUGCAGAGAACGCCGAGGGGAUUGAAGGAGCCUAUGAGGAAACCUGUUGACAAGCCUCUUGGCGCACAAAAAACCGUUAAGAAACUAAAGAAACCGUCACUAUUCUCGAGAUUACUCAACAAGGUCAAAUCACUCAUCCACUAACCACCCAAUAAUCUUAUCUUUUUGCAA